AUGGAUAGACUGUUCAUAGGUCUAACGGGAGACCAAGUACUGGAAGGAAAACUAAUCGAUGGUCAAUUCAACAAACUUGCUUGGACACACAUUGUUGAUAAUUUCAAGCAGAGUUUUGGUUCUUCUUUUACCAAGGAUGUGUUGAAAAAUCGUAUGAAAACUUUGAAGAAGAACUAUGUUGCUGUGAGUACUCUUAGAGGUCAAAGUGGAUUUGGAUGGGAUCAGUCGCGAGAAAUUGUGGUUGCUGAUGAUGUUGUAUGGGAUGAUUAUAUCAAGAAGCAUCCUGAUGUCAAAUGUUGGAGGACAAAGUCGCUUGCUCACUUUGAUGAGUUAGCUAUUUUAUUUGGGGAUAAUAGGGCCAAUGGAAGGUAUAUCCGCUGUAGGAAUGACAAUACUGUGCACGAUGAUGAUGACCAUGAUAAUGAAAAUUUAGAUAACACACAAUCUCCAGACCGUUUUACAAAUGGUACUCAAGAACAGAAUGAAAAUGGAUAUAAAGAUAAGGCUGAGGACUUCCAUACAUCUGACACUCAAAAAAGGGCUCGAGCUUCAACAGGUAUGAAUUCACGUCCUUUUAGAAAAACCAAAAAGAGUACAAGAGAAGGAAUGGUAGACGCAAUUCAGGCGCUAGAUUUAUUGGAAGAUGAAAAGAAAGCUAAGAUUUUCAUUGCAUUUACUGGGAACAGGAAACGACAGUGGUUGUUAUCGAAGCUCAAUAUUCCCGCAUAUUAUCCUUGUACUUUAAGUGACUAG